UAUGUGGUGUGGAAUCUCUUCGUGAUGUGACUUUCUGAUAUAAUUUGCAUUAAAAAUCAAUCGUGAUUCAUUUGUGCAGUCAUUUUGGAGAACUGGUCAUGUGUUUAGACUCAAGAUUCAUUGAUAGUAUGAAAAAAGAGUAAACAAUUGUGUUCAUAACAGAGUAAUAAAAAAACAAUAGUUAACGCGUAGAAGCAUAUGUUUUUGUAUGUGAAUUAAUAGAAAGAAACCAAAACUACCAAAGCUUAAACUUUGGUUGGGUUCUUUUGUUCGGAAUAAUAUCACACACGUGAUUGAGUGAAAAACAAUAUUGAAAAUGCCAACCACUUGUCAAAUUAACUUUGAGAACAAUGCACAGAAGAUUGUUUACUCUGGCCAAAAAUUACACAUAACAGUUCGGUUGAAGUUGACAGAAGAAAUAAAUGUUCGUAGCCUUCACAUACAUGGAACAGCGCAUGUCGAAUUUUUUCAAGAUGAUAAAAAGAGAAACGGUUACUACACGGCAGAUGAGAAUGUCUUAGAUAUAAGAAAGUGUUUAUCUGGUGGAAAUGGUAAAAUUCAAGUAUUGCCAUUGGGAACUCAUGAUUAUAGUUGCACGUGCAAUUUGCCGCGCAACAUACCAUCAUCGUUUUCAGGCGCUUAUGGUCACAUAAAAUACACUGCAAAUGUUGUGUUGGGCAUAUCAUUACGGCCCGAUGAAACUUUUGAAGAGAAAUUUCAUGUUUUCAAGUCGGUUAAUUUGAAUGACUAUCCAUCAUUACAAGCUGAAGUAUUGGACCACCAUACACGAAAAUUGCUAGCACACGAAGAGUUCCAAAUUAGUAUUUCAACUCGUCUGCCAGCCCGUGGAUAUGCUUGUGGCCAAAGUAUUAACCUUGAAAUUAGACUUAAUAAUCGAUCAAGAUUUCAUGUAGAUAGCGUCAUUGUAUAUAUGCUACGACAUACCGUUUAUCUAAGGUCUGCACACAGCAAACAUAAAAAAACUGAGGAUGUAAUUGUAACACGAAAUAUGUUUGAUUGGAAGUGCAAAUAUAUGACGACAGAAGUUUUUCAUGGGAGUAUCCGAGUACCAACAAUGAUUCCACCAACAGAUACUGAAACGAACAAAAUCAUCAAAAUUGGAUACUCACUAUCGAUAAGAGCUUUCUUCCUCCGGAAAGAAGUGGCUAUAUCGUGAUUUUGCGAUUACGAUAGGAACUACACCUUUUGGCGAUGGCGCAUCACCCAUACUUGCUAGAACGAGAGCUAUUCGAAAUACUUCAGGAAAUGUAGAAAAUACAGUCGUGUCACCAGCUCCGUUAAUGGGGCCAUCAACAUCGAUGUUCCCUGAUGAUGACACAGUAUCAAUACGGACUUACACCAGCACACCACCUCCAUUUCCUGAUGACGAGUUUGAUCUUCCAACUUACGAUGAAGCGAUGCUACUGGACCAAGAAAUCGACGUCAAUCUAGAGAAUAUUGAAGACUCAUUUGCCCAAUUAUAUAUUAGAUCGACAGUUGGCAGUGAAAAUUCUCUGUAAUUCACCGCAGGUGUUCAAUUUGCAAUUAUUUAAUAUUGUACGUUUCAUCAUGAGAAUAGUAUUAAGUGCAAAGAUCGAAAAUGCCUUCUUAUCAACCACAACGCUACCUUGUUUAUUCAGACAUUUUAAUGUGAGAGAAAAAUAAAUGUGUCAGAUGUAAUGCUAUUGAUUUUGGUUUUCAGCAAAAUAUGGAAAUGAAAAUUGCUUUAAUAAAUGUACGCUCAAAAGAGAACGUAUGGC